GGCCCCAUGACGUCAGCACGCUGGUCUGACGUCGGACGGACGUUCCGGCGGCGGUGUCGGUCACCAUGGAGGCGGUGUGACUGCACUUGCUGAAGGUCACCAGUACUUACAGGUGUUGUAUCACAUUUGACAUAUAUUUCGUGACCCUAAGCAGCAGAACACAUGAAGUAUGUUUAACCUGAUGUGUGGCUUGGUCUGUCCACGGAUGCUGCUUAAUUGGCUAGGUUCUUCCAGCAUUUUCUGCUUCUGUUUCAGAUUUCAGACUCUACAGUAAUAUUCGUUUGCCUGUACCAAGGAUGUACAAGAAGGAGAAAGGUAUACAGAUUAAGAGCAGUGCAUCUGCCCUUUAUAACAACCUCAGCGUGUUGCCCAUCACACACAAGAAUCUCACCUACUUUGCUGUGAUCCACGGUGGCCUGGUAAACAUGGUGAGCGCCUCUGCUGAUGGCCUGAACUUCUCUCACAGGCAGCUGCAGUCCAAGGAGGGAGGCAUGGGACAUGGCACCUCCUUAAUCAUGCAGGCAUCAUGGUGUGUAUUACCUUCUCGAGUUCUCUUGGUGUUGGCAUCACAGAAAGGCAUUCAGAUGUAUGAAUCAGAUGGCUCCAUCAUGGUCUACUGGCAUGCAAUGGAUACCCCAGAAGCACAAACAGAUGCUGUUUUUGCCCGGGGUAUUGCAGCAACGAGGAGUAACUACAUCUGUGUAGGCUCUUCGAUGGGAUCCAUCCUUGUCUUUAAUAUUCCUCCUAAAGGGACCAACAUCAUCUUGUCUGAAGUUCUGGAAGAGCACAGAGACCCAAUCACUGAUAUUGCAUGUGACUCCUCUGAAGAUAAGGGGUGCAUUGCAGAUAUGGUGACGGCUGAUGACUCUGGGCUCCUCUGUGUCUGGAAAUCAGGAGAAGAUUUUACACUAAUCCACAAGAUUUCAUCUUAUGGGGUUACCUGCUCGUCUGUGAGGAUGUGGAAUGGGAUGAUUGCAGCUGGUUACGGGAGUGGCCAGAUCCAGAUCUUCGACGCAGCGACUGCUAUGGUACACUUGGUGGUGAACGCUCAUGCCUGCUGGAUCAGCACACUUGAUAUUGCACCCCAAAGUGGCAAGCUGUUGUCAGGGGCUGAGGAUUCCUUUGUCCACAUCUGGAGACUCUUUUGGAACCUGGAGUCCAAAGCCAUUGAGGUGGAGCAUUUGCACACGGAGUGUGUGACCGAUGUUCAGGUCUGCGGAGGCAAGUUCUGUGACCCCGAAGGAAGUGCCUUUGCAGUGACCGGAUACGACCUGAGUGAGAUUAUUCGUUAUGUACAGGCGUAAGUACUGCGGAAGGAGAGUCGAUAUGCAGGUGUCAGCAGCACUCCAAGAGAAUACAGCUUGUCCGUAAGUUCCUUCAGACAGGAUACAUGGAAUUUCACUGGAACUCGUUCCCUCGUUGUUCAGGUUCAAAUUCAGAUUUAUUGUCAUUUGAUUGUACAUGUAUAUAACCAAAUGAGACACUAUGUUCUUCUAGACCACGGUGCAUCCACACACAACAUGUAUCGCACAGAGCACAUAAAACAAAAUAUUACCAUAAAUAAGUUAAUAAAAUAUAAUUUAAAAAUGUGCAGCGCAAAUAAAUCAUACAGUAAACAGCAACUCUGUCCUAGUGAUGAGACCUCAGCGAUGGCAGGGUAGUCAUUGGUAUGCAGCCUGAGGGAAGGAGCUGUUAUCUAGUCUAGCAGUCCCAGACCUGAUGCUCCUGUACCUCCUUCCUGAUGGUAGUGAGUAAGAGAUUGUGGCAUAGGCAGUAGGGGUUCUCAACAAUACUUGGGCCCUUCACCAAUAACGCUGCAGGUAACUAUCAUAAUUGGGGGGGAGGGAGACCCCCGUGAUCCUCCUGGUGGACUCAGUGCUUAGCAAGUGGCACUGAUAUGUAGAGUAAUUAGAGCCCUCAUUAUUCAUCUGUGGGUUCAAAACAUAGCACAGUCAUUUGUUAUUUUGAAUUAACUGAAAAAAAUCCAGUGUUAAUUUCACUAAAAGUGUGGCCGGUGUGGCUCAUCUGAGCUCUUCCCAGUACGCCCAAACAUUGUUUUCAAAUUAUCAAAAAGAUAGAGUAUGGACAGUAAACACUGAUAAUUAAUUAGCUAAUUAAUAGUCUGUGUAAAAAUGCAGAAUGAUGCCAGUUAGUUUUGUUAUUUAAUAUUAAAGUUUGUUGUUUCUUUGUCUGUUUAAAGAUAUUUGAAUGCUACUGUAAAGAGAAGACUGUUUGUUUGGUGGUGUGCAAGUUAUCUGCUUUCUCUGAGUAAACAUAGUAUUAACACUAACUUACGUGAGCAACAUUUACUAUGCAGUCACCAAACACUGACAAACCUCUACAGACUGGUUGUAAAAUGCAUCGGUAUGGCAAUUACAACACAUACAGUGGUGCUAGAAAGUUUGUGAACCCUGUAGAAUUUUCUCUAUUUCUGUAUAAAUAUGACCUAAAAUGUGAUCAGAUCUUCAUGUGUCCUAAAACUAGAUACAAAGAACCCAAUUAAAUGAAUCUCACACGAAACAUUAUUUAUUUAUUUAUCCAUUUAUUUAUUGAGAAAGAUGAUCCAAUAUUAUAUGUAUUUGUUUGCUUUCAGUAAUUGAUGUCAGUCCCUUGUACAGCAGUAACUUCAACCAAGCAUUUCCAGUAACUGUUGAUCAGUCCUGCACAUUGGCUUGGAAGAAUUUUAGGCCAUUCCUCCUUACAAAACUGCUUGAACUCUGGAAUGUUGGUAGGCUUCUUUGCAUGAACUGCUUGCUUCAGCUCCUUCAAAGGUUCAAAGGUUGAAUUUAAUGUCAGAGAAAUGUAUACAAUAUACAUCCUGAAAUGCUUUUUCUUCACAAACAUCCACAAAAACAGAGAAGUGCCCCAAAGAAUGAACGGCAGCUAAACGUGAGAACCCCAAAGUACCCCCACCAGCAAAAAAAAGCGCAUUGGUAUUGUCACAAUAUUGGUAUUGUGUGCUAAGCAAUAGCAAAGACACAGACCAAAGUUAUCCAAAAGGCUUCGCAUUUCAACUGACAUUUGACAAACCACAGGUUCUCUCUCUCCAAGGGAGAGGGAGGUGUCCCCCAUUUUCACAGUGAGCAGGAGACAUAACAACAUGCUGGUUUGCGAUAUUAUAAGUCUGUUUCAUCGCUUCUUUUGAGCUCUCUGUCCGAAGAUCACAAAGACCUCGGGUCUUUGAGCCCACAGUGAAAGAUUUUCCGGCCUCCCCGACGACACAUGAAUCUCCUUCCGUGACACUGACCCUCGACCCCCCCCCACCCCCCACAUCUCCAGAGCCCUGAGAUCUUAGGCUUCUGAACAUGAUCGAGACUCUCAGGCCAAACCCUUGGUGUGUUGAAUAACAGCCAGUCAUGGAACCUUGAGAGCGGGUCCCAUUCCCACAAAGAACUGAAGCCUGCAUGUAACUCCAGGUUAGCGUCUUCAAAAGAGAGCUACCACUCUCCUACAAUCACAACCUUGUGCUUACUACAAAUAUCUGCUAUCUCCUUACAAAUUUGCUUCUCCAAUUCUCACUCCCCAUUAGGUGGUCUAUAAUACAACCCUAUAAGUAUUACUACACUUUUCCCAUUCCUCAACUCCAUCCAAAUAGUCUCGCUAGAUCAGCUCUCUAAUCUAUCCUGCCAAAGCACCACUGUAAUAUUUUCUUGGACAAGCAAUGCAACACCUCCUCCUCUUGCCCCUCCGAUUCUAUCACACCUGAAGCAACGAAAUCCAGGAAUAUUUAGUUGCCAAUCACACCCCUCCUGCAACCAUGUUUCACUAAUAGCUACAACAUCAUAUUUCUAGGUAUCAAUCCAUGCUCUAAGCUGAUCCACCUUUCUAAUAUUAAAAUAGAUGCAUUUACGAAACUCUCCACCUCUUCCUCUCUGUUUAUCCCUAACAAUGCGAUCAACUUUAUUAUCUUUUUCUUCCUUCUCCCCUACAUCUUCGGUCUGAGCGCUCCCCUCCUCUAUCACCUGCCUAUCCUCCCUCACACACUGUCUACUAGCUUUCUCUAUUUGUGAACUAACCUCUCCCCUAGUCUCUUCAAAUUGAUUCCCACUCCCCAACCAUUCUAGUUUAAAGUCUCCCCAGUAGCCUUAGCAAAUCUCCCCGCCAGGAUAUUGGUCCCCCUAUGAUUCAAAUGUAACCCGUCCUUUCUGUACAGGUCACUCCUGCCCCAAAAGAGAUCCCAAUGAUCCAGAAACUUGAAUCCCUGCCCCGUGCUCCAAUCCCUCAGCCACGCAUUUAUCCUCCACGUCAUUCCAUUCCUACUCUCACUGUCACGUGGCACAGGCAGUAAUCCUGAGAUUACUACCUUUGUGGUCCUUCUUCUCAACUGCCUUCCUAACUCCCUAUAUUCUCCUUUCAGGACCGCUUCCCUUUUCCUACCUAUGUCAUUGGUACCUAUAUGUACCACGACCUCAGGCUCCUCACCCUCCCACUUCAGGAUAUAUUCAACGCAAUCAGAAACAGCCCGAACCCUGGCACCAGGGAGGCAAACUACCAUCUGGGUCUUCUGACUGCAUCCACAGAAUCACCUAUCUGACCCCCUAACUAUCGAGUCCCCUAUUACUACUGCCUUCCUCUUCCUUUCCCUACCCUUCUGAGCCACAGGGCCAGACUCUGUGCCGGAGGCACGGCCACUGUUGCUUCCCCCAGGUAGGCUGUCCCCCCCCAAUAGUACUCAAACAGGAGUACUUAUUGUCAAGGGGUACAGCCACUGGGGUACUCUCUAAUUCCUGACUCUUCCACUUUCCCCUCCUGACUGUGACCCACCUGUCUGCCUCCUGUGGCCCUGGUGUGACCACCUGCCUGUAACUCCUCUCUAUCAACUCCUCACUCAUCCUGACCAGACGAAGGUCAUCGAGCUGCAGCUCCAGUUCCUUAACUCGGUCCCUUAGGAGCUGCAGCUCGGCGCAUCUGGCGCAGAUGUGGACUUCCGGGAGGCUGGGAGACUCCAGGUCCUCCCACAUCCGACACCGAGAACAACAAGCUGCUCUCACACUCAUACUUCCCCUUUCCUCAAAUAACAGGAAAAACUGAAACCUAAACCAACCUUGCCUCACCCGCUUCUGCCUAAGCCCGUUGAGCUCAAGCCCUUAAGCCUUCACUCUGCUGCCUGCUGUAUAAGGCUGUGUUCUUUUUAAAUCUUCCCUGCUUCACUGCCCGACGUCACACGCCUGCGCAGUCCCACCUCUCUUAACUCCGAUGAGAAUAAGAAAUAAAAAAUGUUAUAGAUCCUUGGCUGAUUAUUUACCUUAGCUCCAGGGACACUUUGCCUGCUCGUUAAGAUUCCUGCAGAGACAGCAGGGCGGAGCCAGUUUGAUGGACAGCCGGCGUUCAGCAUGUGGGGAUAAAAAGCAGGUCUGCUAAGACACAUCAGGGAGACACACCGCAGGACACUGAAAGAGCGCUGUGCCCCCACAUGAAGGUGGGGGUUUUGGAGGAUCAAUUUGGGAAAUCGAUCAAUGGCUCACAGUUGAGAAGGUGCGUCCGGUGGGGAACUGUUUGUGUGUCCACCCCUGCCUGGGUGACUGGUCCACCACUGAAGAACGGUCGUACGUGAUAUGGUCAUAGUCGGUGACCACAACAGGAAGAUCAAAGGCAACAGCAUCACCUCUCAUCCCCUCUCUCUCUCUCUCCAACGAUACUCAAACAACUGCAUUGACCUGAACUGAACUGAACUCUUUUUGUCGCAUCGUAAGACUGUAUCUAUUUACCCCUAGGUUUGAAAGAGCCUAGUUUUGAUCCUAUUUCCACACAUAUACCUAUAUCCAUGUCUAUAUCAUUGCUAAUCUGUUUUAUAUAUUUGCAUUUUAUAGGACUGUAUUGUUUAGUUUACUAAUAAACACUAUUAGUUUACAGUAAUACCAGACUCCAAAGUGUUUUCCAUUUCUGCUAGUUCGGUAACCCCGUCACGGGGUAUGUGACACUAACAAAUCCAUGUAAUUUUGGGAGCAAACACGAGGAAAUCUGCAGAUGCUGGAAAUUCAAACAACAACACACACACAAAAUGCUGGUGGAACACAACAGGCCAGGCAGCAUCUAUAGGGAGAAGCGCUGUCGACGUUUCGGGCCGAGACCCUUCAUCCUGAUGUCGACAGCACUUCUCCCUAUAGAUGCUGCCUGGCCUGCUGUGUUCCACCAGCAUUUUGUGUGUGUUGUUGUCAUGUAAUUUUGGAUCAUUUUUCUCAAUAAUUAAAUGAACAAGUAUAAUGCUUUGUGUGUUAUUUAUUUAAUUGGGUUCUCUUUAUCUAGUUUUAGGACUUGUGUGAAGAUCUGAUCACAUUUUAGGUCAUAUUUAUGCAGAAAUAGAGAAAAUUCUAACUUUCUAGCACCGCUGCUGGAAUGCAGGAGGCUGCAGAGGUAGUGGGCACAGCUGCUCUGUCACAGACACGUCCCUCCCUGUCAUCAAAAGCAUAUCGAGGAAGGACUGCGUCAAGAUUCACCACCGAAUGAGCCAUGUUCUAAUGGUCAGGUAGGACAUACUGAAGCUAAGUUCCCACCCACCUGGUUCAGGAACAGCUUCAACUCCAAAAGUUCAAGUUGAAGUAUAAUUGUCAUUCAGGAAGAGCCAUGAACACAGCCAAAUGAAACUGUUCCUCUGCGACCAAGGUGAGAACACUACCAAAGGUCAAACACAGCACAAGGCACAUAUAGCACAUAUUAAAUAGCAGCAAACAUACAGUCACACAAAAAAUACAAUAGAGCCAAGUCCUUGAGUGUCAUGUCCUGUAGAUUGAUGCUGCCCAGAUGUCAUUGGUAAGAGCAAGCCUGUGCAGUCCGCAGACAAAUGCAAUUCCCAACAGGAGGGGCCAAUCCCCAACCAGCGUGGACUCCAGUGGCCCACUCAACCUGUGCUCUCUCCUACUGUACUGAAGAACGGAUAAGCAGAGAGGAAUAUGGGACCAAAACAGGAGCACGGAUAAGUCAGUUUCUUGCACAACCUCACCCCUACCUCAACAAUGGAGCAAUAUCAUGGACUUCUUUCUAGCUCUAAUUUUGUACGAAUAUCAUGUUUUUCCUGAGUAUUUUUCUUCACUUUCUGAAGUAAUUAUAUAAUUAUUAGAACGGAGUUAAUCAAUCAGCCAUGAUGAAAUGGCAGAGCAGAUUUGAUGGGCUGAAUCGCCCAAUUUAACUCCUAUGUCUUAUGGUUUCAUAGUGUAAUUUUUGUAUCAUUUAUGUGUUUGAAUCUAUGUGCCUUUCAGCCCACAAUGUCUGCCAGAUUAAACCCUCCAUUUCAUGCAUA